AAAAGGUAAAAUACCUUUUCCUUUUGACCAUUUUACUAACAAGAAAAUACAAAUGUAGAGUGAAAAAAUCUUUAAAAGGUAAAAUGGACGUUCCUAUGGCCGCGAGCUGGGCGUGGCCAGUGCGACACCGCGCGCGUGACCACCGCGGUAGCACAACAACCGGAUACUUCCCCAUGGCCCAGUACCGGUUGCGAUUAGGCGUAUCGGUCCUUGUUUUUAAGUAGGGAAAGGAACCGGAUGAAAAACCUCAAGUGGGCAUGUACCCCGGUUGGUGCAAUGCCGGUACCGGACCCUUCUAGGAACGCCCCCUGUAGGAUAUCUAAGCGAAAAUGCGCGCUAGUUCUAGCGCUGUAGAAAUGGAAUGGAUUUGCAUUUGAUCAGAGUACCUUUGCGCGAAUGACGAUGCUGGAGAACGCAACCCAAUCCAAAACCACUGGAAGAACACACAAUGGAGCUUUAGUGCAAGUAUCAACUGACUAUUUUGCUCACCUCCUCAAGCAAUGUGGGAAUUCCAAGGACCCUUCACAGGGGGAUCAAGUCUACAGAAAAAUCUCCUCGAGUGAAUUUGCGAAUGACAGAUACCUGGGAAAUCUCCUCAUCGAGAUGUAUGGCAAGUGCGGGCAAUUGGACAAGGCGCAAGCGGCUUUCGAUCGCCUGGAUCAUCCCAACACGUACUCCUGGAACAUCAUUGUCGCGGCAUACGCUCGCAACGGGCAGAUCGAUCGAGCGAGAGAUCUCUUUGACGAGAUGCCCUCCAAGGAUGUUGUCUCAUGGAAUGCCAUGAUCGCAGCAUAUGCCCAAGAUGGGGACCUGGAAAAAGCCAAGGCACUGUUUGAUAGAACAAAGAAGAAGGAUCUCUUUACCUGGAACACGAUGAUGGCUGCGUAUGCUGGAGAAGGGAAGAUUUCGGAGGCGCGAGAGAUCUUUGAUAGGAUGGAGCAGCGAGAUCUUGUAUCCUGGAACACGAUGAUUAACGCUUAUUCCCAGAACCGGCAUAUUGCCGAGGCUAGGAAGAUCUUUGACGCGAUGAAGCAACGGAACGAGAUUUCUUGGAACACGAUGAUCUUCGCCUACGCACAGAACGAUGAUCUAGAAGAAGCCGAGAGAUUAUUCGAAAGAAUGCCUCACCGGGACGCAGUAGCGAUGAACGCCAUGGUCCAAGCCUAUGCCAUGGCCGGGAGGAUCGAUCAAGCGCGGCAGAUGCUGGAGACGACCCUGGAUCGCCUGGAUUGGACGAUGACCGUGGCCUGGAACGCGCUGAUUGCAGCUUGCGGCGAGCGGCGGGAUUCCUUCAGCGCCAGAGCUGUGUUUGAUCGAAUGCCAGAUCGCGAUCGAGACGUGGUGUCCUGGAACACGAUGAUCUCCGUCUACACCCAGGCCGAGAAUCUGGAAGAAUCGAGGAGGAUAUUCAGAGCGAUGCCUCACUGGAAUGUGAUCUCCUGGAACUCGAUGAUACUCGCCCUAGCAAUCGAGAGCGCCAUAGACGAGGGCGCGGAGCUCUACUCUAAAAUGGGCGAGCGCGAUGUGGUCACUUGGACGGCCAUGAUCAAGCUCCUCGGCGAGGCGGGAAAAUUUGAAAACGCGCGGGAGAUUUUCGAAGAGAUGCCGGAGAGGGAUGCGAUAGCUUGGAAUGCCAUGCUCGCGGCAUAUGCCUUGCACAGGCAAAUGGAAGAUUCUAGGGCUUUGUUCUUGGAGAUGCCUCACAGGAACGUCAUUUCUUGGAACACGAUGAUCCAGGGUCUCGUCGAGGACGGCCAGGGCGAGGAAUCAAUCAGGCUCUUCCAGCGGAUGGAUCUUGAAGGCGUCCCGCCUGACGCGAUCACGCUCGUCACCAUCGCCGAUGCGGCCAGCAGUGUUGGAUCUCUGGAUCGCUGCAGGACGAUCCACGAGAGCUUCCGCGGGUGUGGCGCUGGAUCGGAGCUUCCAGUGGCGAAUGCGCUCAUCAGCAUGUAUGGCAAGUGUGGAUCUCUGGCCGAUGCUCACGUAAUCUUCGACAAGAUCUCUGGAAUCGGCGAUGUUGUCUCGUGGAACGCCCUCCUUGCGGCGUAUUCCCAGGCGGGACAUCACGGCACCGCAAGAAAUCUCCUGCGAUCGAUGAUCUUGGACGGCGUCGCUCCAAACGGGAUCACAUUCAUCGGGCUCCUCUCAACUUGCAGCCACGCCGGGAUGGUGAUCCAGAGCUGCGAGUACUUCGCAUCGAUGUGGCCGGAUCACGGGAUAAUCCCUGGCAGCGAGCACUACCACUGCAUCGUUGACAUUCUUGGGAGAUCCGGAUGGCUCCAGGAGGCGCUGGACGCGAUCGGCAGCAUGCCAUUUCCUGCCGGGGCCGAGGCGUGGACAUCGCUGCUCACGGCGUGUAGCCUACAUUCCAAUGCCAAGCUCGGAUCUCAAGCUGCUCACAACGCUUCGGAGAUGGAUUUGGCGAAUCCGGCGCCAUACAUGAUGCUCUCGGGGAUCCUUACAGCGAGCUAGGGUUCUUCGCGAA